AUGGAUACGCUUGAUCCGCUUUUGUUCAACAGCAUUGCCAAAAGUCGUGAAAUCAUUGUUUACGAUAGCAUCGGACUCGGACACAGUGAAGGAUCUGUGCCGGAUUCCAUUCCCGAAAUGGCUUCGGUACAUGUGAAGAUCCUCGCCGCGCUUGUGGUGUCCAAGGCUGAUUUUAUUGGUUUUUCCAUGGGUGGCGCUAUCGUGCAAACCAUCGAGUUUCACUACCCUCAGAUUGUCAACAAAUUGAUUCUGGCUGGUACUCAAUCUGGAAUCGGCGAAGGAGUGGCCCUGCCUCCGCGGGAGUACCAGAGAAUUCAUGAGCGCAAGGUCGAAGGCGAAGAGAGAAAAGGAUACCUUGUCGGAGCUGGCGCUCAGUCGCAGCUUGCCGCCAUCUUCAAAUUCGCAGCCGACACUCAUAACUUCGAUCGACUGGCAGAUAUCAAAGCCCCAGUCCUGGUCACCAAUGGCCAUACCGAUAUUAUGUCGCCUACUGCGAACAGCUUUGUGUUGCAGCAGCGCAUCGCUAAUGCUCAGCUGCAUCUCUAUCCUGACGCCGGGCAUGGUCAUCUCUUCCAGGUGCCUGAGCUUUACGCAAAGCAGCUUGAGCUCUUUUUGAGAAACUGA